GCAGUUGAUAUCAGCAAGCAGAGCUACUGAUAGCGCCGUCGCUGUGACUACCAAUCGCAGCCAUGUUCAUCCUGGCUCGUCACGAAGCCCAACUUAUCAUCGGCCGAUGCGACGCGUCUUAUCAGCAGCCAAGAAUGGGAGCAACUUAAAUGACGGCCCCUUGCCAAAGAUGGUUUCUGUAGAAAACAGCAGCCACCAUGGGCCUCAAGCAGCGGCUUCGAGUCAAACACGGAGACCUCGUCUCCAGCGUGGACUCUAAUGCAGACCUUGAUCCGAUUCCGCGGAACUCGCCCCGACGGACCUGGGGAUGGGUCAGUUUGACCGGGUUCUGGAUUUCGGAGGCGUUUUCAAUCAGCAUGUAUCAGGUCACGUCCACCUCGGUGUCGAAAGGCUUGAAUGCUGGUCUGGCGAUUGCAGCAGUGGUCAUAGGCCAUAUCCUCGUAUAUAUCCCAGUCGCGCUGGAUGGAUACGUCGGCUCAAUCUACGGCAUCAACUUUCCUAUCCUGACCCGUGCCAGCUACGGCAUGCGAGGCAGCUACUUUGCCGUCCUCAUCCGUGGCCUAGUCGCCAUUAUCUGGUUCGGGACCCAAACCUACCAAACAGGGGAAUGCAUCUCCUCCAUGAUAAGCGCCAUUUGGCCCUCCUUCCAGCACCUGCCAAACCAUCUUCCUGCUUCAGGCCCCAUAACCUCCUCUGAACUCCUCUGCUUUUUCCUCGCCAUCAUUGUCCAACUCCCGCUUCUCUACCUCAAUAUACCCCAACUACGGUACCUGUUCCUCGUAAAAAUGGCCAUCAUGCCCAUCUUCGGUCUCGCUCUGUUUAUCUGGGCUGUCGCAACCGCCCACGGCUUUGGGCCUGUUUUCUCCAAACCCAGCCAUAUCACCGACGGCACACCAGUUGCCGUAGUGUUCCUACAAUGCGUAACCAGCGCCAUCGGCCCCAAGGCCACUCUUGCCCUCAACAUGCCCGACUUCACGCGCUACGCACACACUCCGCGACAAAUCUUUUGGACACAGGCCCUGGGACUGAUCAUACUCGUCUCCCUCUGCGGCGUCCUAGGAGCAACCGUCACCUCCGCCAGCGAAAUCAUCUACGGCGUGCAGACCUGGAAUCCUCUGCAAGUGGCCUCCCUCUGGGACAACCGUGCCGCGCAGUUCUUCGCCGCGUUCUGCUGGUCGCUCGCCGCCAUCGGAACAAACCUCUCUGCAAACAGCGUGUCCUUCUCCAACGACCUCUCCCUCUGGUUCCCACGCUACAUCAACGCCAGAAGAGGAGCCUACGUUUGCGCGAUGCUAAGUAUCCUCAGCUGUCCCUGGUACAUUCAAUCCGACGCAGCAUCCUUCUCCUCCUUCCUCGGUGGCUACUCCCUCUUCCUCGGCUCCCUGGCCGGUAUCAUAAUAGUCGACUACUGGAUUAUCCGGGGCCAAAACCUCCGCGUCCGCUCCCUCUACGACCCCUCUCCACACGGCACGCACUACUUCACCCGAGGAUUCAACCUCCGCGCCUUCGUGGCGUUCAUUUGCGGGAUCGCACCGAAUCUACCCGGUUUAGCGCAUGCGUGUGGUCAGAGCGGCGUGCCAAAGGGAGCGGUGUAUCUGUACUCGAUGAGUUGGGUGGUGAGUUUUGUGAUCUCGGGGGGGUGUAUUGGGGACUGUGUCGGGGGUGGUCGGUCAAGGUAGAUGGUGAUGAAGUGGUGGAGGGGGUGGAAGUUGGUCUUGAGGAGGAAAAGAAGGGGGAGAUGGUAGGUGUAAAGGAGGUUAGUGUUUA